AUGCCGCGAUAUCGGCAAAACCACUGCUACGCGCCUGGGUGCCAAACAGGCUAUGUGUUCGUGAAGGGUGGGCCGAAGCUGUCGUUGUUUGGCGUCCCGAAGGAUGAGAACAGGCGUAAACAAUGGGAGAAGAACCUGCGCAGAGCGGACAAGCCCCUGGAAGACACCAGCGCAGUGUGCGAGCUCCACUUCGAGCCGCGUUAUGUGCUCAGAGACUAUGUGCAUAUUAUUGAGGGAAAAGAAGUGCGGAUACCUCGCGGGAGACCCAUUCUCCGCGCUGAUGCUGUGCCGACGCUUCUACCCAAUCUGCCAGCUUACCUUAGUAAAAAGCCGACACAAGAGAGGACCGCUCGCUGUGAAGAAUGUCCACAAGCGUCUACAUCUCCACCAUCUGCCAAUGUGAAUCAGUUUUACUUCAACCUAGAAGUGCCUUCACCAUACUGGAGUAAGCACAGUUUCCCUGGCCAUGCCGGUGUUGUAUACUGCACGGCCGCGUUGACCACUAAUGCCGAAGUGCUCUCCGAGAAGGUGGUAAUGUUUUCAGAGUCGCAAUGUGCCGCAUACUGCAAAGUGCUUGCUAGAGGCGUUUUGAUAAAGGAAGGGCCGGUGCAUACAAAAACGGAGGCCGAGGACGAGUUGCGAAAGACUGACCGGAUGCAGCUAUGUGCGGGUGCAAUGAGGCUCGAGGACUAUGAUGAAGCUCUCUUCACAACUAAGCUUAGGGACCACGUGUUGACGCGCCAAGGACUGUACUUCAGCAGGAAGUGCCUAGGCCAGGUGCCUAAAGAAGGAACGCCAUGCGUCUCCUGUCGGUACCUAAGGCGAGCUUUGUUGACACGCCGAAGCCGAGUGCAGCGUAGGAACACAAAGGCACGCCUCAACAUUGCCCAGAAACUUAAAACAGCAGUAAGAAGAAAUAAGCGCCUUUCCACCCGUCUCUCUGAUACAAGGGAGAGCCUUGCGAAACUGCAACAGCAAGCUGCAGCAAAAAAUGCAGAUGUUCUCCAGGAACAGAUUGGGAGCCUACCUACCCAUCAGCAAGAAGCUGUUAAACACUGCUUUGCAGCAGCUAAAGUGAAACCUAAUGGUCUUCGAUACAGCAAGAGCUGGCUUCUCGACUGCAUCAUAAUGAAGAUGAAGGGUCCCCGCUUGUACGAACACUUGCGUAAAAACAAAAUUCUUGCCCUGCCAAGCAAAUCAACUCUGAAACGUUAUGUAUCUGUUUACCGUACACUUUUUGGCUUCAAUGAGAAAAUCCUGAAGAAAUUGAAUAGUGAAACAGCGGAGCUCGACGUCAGCAAGAGGCACGGGGGAUUGCUCAUCGAUGAGCUGAAACUUUCUGAGAGCUUGUCUGUUAGGAGCAGUGGUACAAUUGAAGGCUUUGUAGACUUGGGCCCAUUUACCACACAAAAGGACAAGAGCACUCCAUCUGACCAUGGUAUGGUGGUACUUUUUGUUCCAUUCCAAGGAAAAUGGAGUCAGGUCAUAGGGUGCUUCGCAACGAAUGGCAACAUGAAAGCAGAUAUUCUCGCCAAGGUUGUUGUAGAGGCCACAAUACUAGCAGAAAAAAGUGGGCUCUUUGUCGAUUUCAUAACAACUGAUGGGGCAAGCUGGAAUCGAAAGAUGUGGAGGAUGAUGGGAAUACAUGCAACUGCUAGUUCGAUUAAGUGCAAGGUCCCCCCUUCUGACCCAAAGCGGCACUUGUUCUUCAACUCAGACUUUCCUCAUCUAAUCAAAUGCCUCCGGAACUCCCUGUUGAAGAGCGGCUUCAACACCCCAGCUGGCCAUGUAAGUUUCUGCAUGUGUAACAUGUAUCGCCUCUUUUAA